CGCAACUGGCCCUAAGCUCAAAGAGUGCAAGUAACGCAAUUAACGGCUGUUGUAUAAAUUAGUGAAAAGUGGAUUAUCAUAUGCAGUAAAGUUGAGGAUUUCUACAAUAUUGCCUGGAAUUCUAGUCCACCUUUGAUGUGCUUACAAUGGAGUUAAGUCCGAGUGAAAAUGAGGCGUACGAAUCGUGUGAGCGCUCGAACAGUGGUUCAGUUCCAAAUUCCAAUGAUCUCGAUGCUAAGGAAAAGACCCAAUCUGAUGAUCUCGUAUCAAUUGAAACCGCUUUAGAGGCAACGGGUUUCGGGAUGUACAAUUAUUAUCUCAUCAUUCUCGUGGGAGUAAUCUCUGGUGGAUUAUUCGUAGAAUUAUUCGCCCUUGGAAUGUAUCUUCCAGUAACUGACUGUGAUAUUAAAUUAAGUGCUCAGGAAAAAGGAGUCAUUACCGCAGUACAAUUAGCUGGUGUUUUGAGUAGCUGCUACUUUUGGGGAUUUAUGGGCGAUAUCAAGGGUCGACGAAAGACAAUAAUUCCAGCAGUUAUGAUUGCUUUUUUGACGGAUGUUGUAACGAGUUUCUUAAGUGAUUUUUGGAGUAUAGCUGCAUUUCGUUAUAUAAAUGGGUUCUUUAUUGCAGCAACUUGCACCAUUCCUUUUACAUAUUUGGGUGAAUUCCACACAAAGGAAAUGAGAUCUAAAGCGAUUAUGUAUGCAAAUGUGGUUUAUUCCCUAUCUAUUGCUGUAAUCAUUUUCCUAGCAUGGCUGGUAAUAAAUCAGGAGUGGAAGCUUAAUAUACCAUUCCUUGGUAUAGUUUAUAAGCCUUGGAGACUUCAUCUUAUUGUUAACUUUCUGCUGGUGUUCAUAUGUGGAAUUAUUUUAACGUUCAUGCCUGAGAGCCCUAAAUUCACUUUGCUGGAGGGUAAGCAGGAGCAAACCCUUACGGUCUUACGAAACAUUUAUAAACGAAAUAACAGAAAUGCCAAGGACGAGUAUCCAUUUACCCGAAUUCGGCAAGAGGAAGGUACAAACCAAUGGACCUUGAAUGCAAGCGAAAUGUGUUCAUUUUUCGGUAUCGUAAGGCAAAUUUGGAACCAAACGGUGCCCUUGUUGAAGCCACCUUUCCUUCAACGUACUACUUUCCUAAGUCUCAUCUUAUUUAUAUUCUUUUUUACAAUGCGUGGGGUGUAUCCGUGGUAUACCACUAUUGUAAAUGACGUGGCUGAAUAUCAGAAUUUAUACACAAACCAUACAACAAUGUGCAAUAUAAUGUCAACUGUGGCCGAAUAUAAAAGUUUAAAAUCGGAAAGCGAGAAGAUAGAAUGCAAAGAGACAUUGGCAACCACAACAUAUAUAUAUAAUCUAAUACUGGAGGCACUGUUCCUGUCCAUAUCAAUAACGAUGUCUAUAUUGGUCAGAUAUAUAGAUAAAUUUUAUAUUCUAUUUGUCAAUUUAUCUAUUACUGGGACUUGCGGCAUCCUGUCUGCCUAUGUUAUAGAUCCUCAAGCUGCAGUUUUUCUGUUCAGUAUACUCCAGGCGGGUGCAACUUGUAUCGGGAUAUUCAAUGUUGUCACCGUUGAACUGUUUCCAACAAAUUUAAGGGCAACGGCUGGAUGUAUGGUAUUUAUCAUAGGAUGUGUAGGAGGUAUCCUUGGGGCAAAUGUGGUAGCAACUCUACUGGAAACGACCUGCGAAAUUGCUUUUGUUCUUUCGGGAGGAUGUAUUCUAUUAGCAGGAAUAUUGUCUUUGGGACUAAUUCCAAUUGUGAGACGGAUUCUCAGACAAGAAGAAUCCAUAGAAGAAAAAAAUACUAUAAAAAAUCAAAGUGUCAGUAACGGAUUAUGAAAUAGUUUUCACUUUCAAAUUGUUACAUUGAACUUAUUUUCUAAGAAUAUGGACUUCAGUGCAGGUGAAAAUAUUCGAAAUUAAAAAUUCUGAAGCUGUUGAAAAAA